AUGGGAGACAAGUUUCCUGACUACCUGCUACAGGAAUGCAGGAAUGCACUGUCAGUUCACUGCAGAGACAUUGUCAUGACAGACAAAGGAUCUGGAGAGGUAACUUCGGGGCAACAAGAGCUCCAGCAGAAAGUUUUUCAUGGAUCCGCUGGAUACGCAUCAGCCCUGGAUACCUUCAUUGAGGGGAAAGGAUACUAUGCUUCUCUCUUUGACCGCACUCCAAUCGAGAACAACAGAGAAGGCAACCAAGAACGGCAAUCAGGAUAUAUGUUAGAAUUGAAGGACAUCGCCAGCUGCAACGAAGCUGUCAAGUACGUCGUCUACGAGAGAGGUUUUACAAGAGAGGCACUGGCAAAGAACGGAGAAAAGGAACUGGAAGGGAGGAACAUUGGCGAACGUGCAGCAGUAUCUCUGGCAAACUACAGAUUGGCGCUAAAGUUCCACGAUGAAUAUUGUCCACAAGGCAAGUUGCCUUCUGGCAAAAGCUUGGAAGAUGCUGUCUUAUACGUGCGACAGAAAAUGUAUGUUCUAUUGAAGGGAGCCAAGAGCAAAAGGUCCAAUUCAAGACGUUCUAAUGCAAAGAAUACGGAGAAGGAGUACACGGAAGAGGAGAUGCCAGCCAAGUACAUGUUCUCUGGAUACUUUACCUAUCUUCUUUGGGGCCCCAAAGGUGUUUCAGGCGAGACUCUGAGCUGCUUAUCAGUGGAUGGUACGGAUGUCCCUAAGGUUGGACGUGCAGCAAGCAGGCAGAAAGAAUUGAAGAUCAAGGCCGCGGAACGUGCUUCCGAUAUUGGUGGCACUGGUCCAUAUCAUCGUGGUGUGGCAAUCAAGGACAAAUUCGCCUGUGCAAGUCUAGCCGUAUCGGAGCUUAAAGAGCAAAGGAAGAACGUCCGUGACCUUCUCUUCCACAAUAGUACCUCAGAGUCGAACUGUUUGCAGCAACUGCAGCAGAUCAAUGCGAUGCUCGAUAGGGCUUAUGAAAGGGAUGAUGACGAAAGGGAGAUUGGUCUUCUCAAGAAACGCAAGAAAGAUCUGUUUGACAGUCUAGACGAAUUGGCGAAGCGCAAGAAAGAAUUAGAAGAUGAGAGUGACCGACUCAUGAAGCAAAGCAGCUCUAAUCAAGUUCAGGUUUCCGCGUACUAUGAUGCUGUUGGAUCGUUCCGGGAGGUUCCUGGAGCAGUCGAAGUCAAGAAGAAACACGGCGUUGCCGAUUCUGAAAGCUCCUCUCUCUCUGCAAGUGUGGUCCAAAAGAAGAGGAAGUCGUCGUCGUCAGUGGUGGUGACAACAGCGACCAAGAAGCAAGCACCAAAGCAAUCUGGGGCUGUCAUUAAUCUGUUGACGCAGUUCAACAGUCAGGCAACUCCCGAUACCAAUGACAAGCAACAAGAAGAACAAGAGAGCAGGGCGUACAAUGCGGAGGACGACUUCAAUGAGUACAUCAAGCAGAACCUGAUUGACAACUUGGCGCAGAAGGAGCAAGAAGGAGAAGACGAAGAGCAGGAAGACGAACAGAAUGGUCUUUCGAGGAUUCCGUCACAGGAAUCCUACUUGGAGUACGACAAGACAUUCGUGGGUGCUGCCGCCAAGCUCGAUGAUCAAGGCAAGCAGUUUCUCCUCGAAUUUAGGAAGAAGCAGGCUGAAAUAAGCCACCGGGAAAGAAUGGAAGGUCGCGGUGCUGCAACAGACACUCGCAACUAUGCCCCAGGCAAUACGUAUUACAGCAACAGCCAUUCCCAUGCGACUGACCUCUUCCAUGACAAUGCCCACGAAUACUAUGCUGGAGAAGAAAAAAAUUAG